UCUAAAAAAUGAUACAUUUUGUUAAAAUGCAAGUAAAUGAAAGUUAAUAAAGUUGUAAGCAACGCAAUUGCAUGCAAGCAAGCAAGGCAUGAAAUAAAAAAGAAAACCAUUGUUAUGUUUUUGAUAUUAAUUUCACUGCACUUCAUUUGGGCACAAGAAACUUUAAUUGUUUUAAAUAAUACUUACUGGUUUGAAACCAAAAAAGGAAACAAUUAUGAGAAUGAUUGUAGUUCUUACGGUUUGAAUGGCAGUGGUCCAACUUAUGAUUUUCCUAUACUUCUAAAAGUGAUCAAAGGACUAAACGGUUUCAGUCAAACAGUAUCAUUUCAAUCUCCAAUAUUUGCUACAUAUUUGCGUGAGAAUGGUUUUAGUCUCAAAAUGGAGAACAAACCAUUAGAAUCAUUUGACAAUGAUGCAUCAUUUAUAUUAGAAAAACACAAAGACGAUGAUAAAUCUAUAGUUAUUCGAUCCUUUAAAUAUCAAAAUAUGCUUAUCUUAAGUUGCGCUGGCCGUUUAUUUUUAGUUGAAGAAAAAUUAACGGAAGACUAUAAAAAUCGUACUAGCUUUAUAUUUUCAGAAAGUUAUGGCAUUAAUUGUUCUGUUGGUUGGAUACAAAACGGAAGCUAUUGCUACCUUUUCUACAACACAAGUGAUAUGGAACUAAAAAAGAAUUGGUAUGGCUCUUUUUUAUCGUGUCAAAAUUACGGAGGAAGUUUAUUAACUAUAGCUGACGAAGCAGAAAAUGCAUUUAUUGAAGAACAGCUUAAAAAGGGUGUAACAAAUCAAUUCUGGAUCGGUCUCAACAUUUCAUCAGUAAUCAAAUUUGCUUGGUCUGAUAAUACAACUUUAAAGUUUUCUGCAUGGCAUUCUAGCGAACCAAAUAAUUAUCGAUAUAAUAAUGAGGCUUGCGUGGAAAUAAAAGAAAAUGGCUGGAAUGAUAGUCCUUGUGACUCUCCUUUUGGAUAUAUUUGUAAAUACAAAACAGAGAAUGCUAGUGAUAAUUGCAUCUAUGAUAGUUCACAAAAUGGAAAUUAUUGUUACCUUUUCUAUGAUAUUACUAAAAAGAAUUGGUAUAAGUCUCUUUUAUCGUGCCGUAAAAUGGGAGACUUGUUAAGUGUUACAGAUCAACAAGAACAUUCAUAUAUUGUUAAUCAACUUCGGUUAAUUAAAGCUUCAAAAGAAGCUCAAGGUAUCAAUGAUACUUUGCACUACUGGAUAGGUCUCAAUAACUACCCGAUGUUGAGAAAAUUUACAUGGUGUGAUAAUACAAAUACGAACUUUACUAAUUGGGAUCAUGGUGAACCUGACAAUGCAAAUUAUAAUAACGAAGCUUGUGUAAAGGCAACUUAUAACGGUUGGAGUGACAGUGUCUGCCAAGAAAAAUUAAAUUUUAUUUGUAAAGCUAAAAUAGUAAGUUGGUCAGAAUGGAGUGAAUGGUCAACAUCUAAUCAAUAUUGUAUCAAAACUAGAACACGAAGUUGCAAUAGCAAUCAAUGGUUAAGUUGCAGUGGACAAAGUGUUAUGAUGUCAAGCGAUAUUUUAUGUAAAGAACUUUCUACAACACCAUUUUUGUUGUCUACAAUAACGGCAAUGACUUCAAUGGGGUUUAUAUCAAAUAUACUGCUUCCAUCUCCAAGUCUAAUAAGUUCUGUUGUUUUUACACCGCUAUAUUCACCAAAAUAUUUUUUUAGCAGCAUUAUUAUGGAAGAGUUUUCUACAACAAAUCCAAUUUUAUUGUUGACAAGUACAAGUAAAAGUUCUCUAAAAUAUACCUUAACAAAACUGUUUCCAACUUCAAGUCUACAGCAUUCUGUUGUUUCUGCAUCACCAUAUUUACUAACAGAUGAUAUUCACAAUAUUAUUGCAGAAGAAAAAUGGGCAAUAUGGAGUGAGUGCUCUGUGUCGUGUGGACUGGGUAUUAGAAGAAGAUAUUCAUUAAUAAAGGAAACAGCAUAUUUAUCACAAGUAGAAAACUGCAAUCCAAUUAACUGUUCAGUUGAUGGAAUGUGGGGAAUGUGGGAGGAAACUCAAUGUUCAAAAACAUGUGGCGGUGGAGUCAAAAAGAUAUAUAGAAGUUGCAACAGUCCACAUCCAUCGUUUUAUGGUCUACAUUGUAUAGGUAUCAAUACCUACACUGACUUUUGUGAUUCCGAUACUGUCUGUCCAGAUGUUGCAAUAAAUUUGGCGUUAACUUUUCUCGAUGAAGAGUUUAUUGAACCAUAUUCUUCUGCCGCAAGUGAUCCAUUUUUAGAACUUAGAAAUAAAAUCAAUGAGGCGAUUGCAAAUCUUUACAAAAGUAAAAAAGUAUUUUCGAAAUUUCACGUUGUUGUACAUUCGAUGGAAAAUCCUGCAUAAGUAUUCUGAUAGAUUUACACCUUUGGAUGAAUCGAAAUUAAAAAAAGCAAUCAAACAACAUGUUUUGGAUUUUAAGUUUCAUACAUUUUCGGAUUUACUAUAAUUUUCUUAUAUUUUUAUGAAUAUGACUUUUUUUAAACAUUUUUUAUGUAAAAGACGUUCAUGACUGUUUAUAUUAAUUUAAUCAAAUGCUCCUAAAACCAAAUGGUGCUAACA